AAUGUUUCAAGAUUUUUGAAUUAUUUAUUACAGAUUAGAAUGAGAGAGUGGUUGAUCCUAUUUGCCCUUUUUAUAUCUCUGUAUCAGGCUAAAAAUCUUGAGAAUAAGUCAGUGAGGGGAACAAAUGAACCCGACAAAAGAUUGUUAACAGCUGACAAUUCACGCCCCAGAGUUAAUCAGUACACAUAUCAACCAUGGGAUAAUAUGCUUCGCCAACGCAACCAACAACCAAAUCCAAUUCUUCCAGAGGACCCCAUUUCCCAAAGACUUGGCCAACAACGCCAAUCCAAUAUUCUGGAAGACUCUUUUUCAAGUAGACAGAAUCAGCUUUCAGGGUCUGCUGAUAAUCGGAGGGAAACCCCCAGUCGACAGAACAAUAAACUCCGUCAAGCUACUAUCUCCAAAAGAACAAAUUCUCGCUUGGAAAGCUUAUCACAAUCUACAACCCAACAAUAUCAGAGCAGAUUUCCAAAGGAUGAUAACCCGGAUAUUCUUGGCAAACAAGACUUUGAGAGCUCUUAUGACAGGUCGUAUGAUGAAUUCUCUUUACCAAAUGAUCUAAACGAAGGGCCAUAUCAAGGAUUCAAUAGACAACGUGCUAGCUCUUCAAUGGAGUCUUCAAAUAAUUUGCCAAGAAAACCAGAGAAUUCAUAUCUUGGCUAUAAUUCACAAGAAUUAACCCCUGAACCAAAAACCCGGAGCCCUUUUAAGAAAGUUCUUAGCGAUCCCUACACCACUUCAAAAGGUGAAUCUGAGUUAAAGUCAAGACACCAAUCUGUUACUGGAUAUGAAGGUGGUUAUGGUUCCCACGGUCAAUAUGGCUUCAGGCAAAAACUUAGGCCUUUUAAUGGAUAUGGGGAUAACUAUGGUUCUACCAGCAAUCUUUAUCAGGGACAGUAUAUCUCAAAGCCAAAACCACAACCUUCUCCUGGAUAUGGAAAUGGAGAUGGUUAUGGGUUUGGACAUAAAGAUGUUUAUGGAGAUGGUUAUAGUUCUACCAACACUCCUUAUCAGGGACAGCAUAGCUUAAAGCCGAAACCCCAACCCUCUCAAGGAUAUGGAGAUGGUUAUGGGUUUGGACAUGAAGAUGGUUAUGGAGAUGGAUAUGGAUCUACCACCAAUCAUUAUCAGGGACAGCAUAGCUUUAAGCCAAAACCCCAGCCCUCUCCAGGAUAUGGAGAUGGUUAUGGGUUUGGACAUGAAGAUGAUGAUGGAUAUGGAUCUACCACCAAUCAUUACCAGGGACAGCAUAGCUUUAAGCCAAAACCCCAACCCUCUCCUGGAUAUGGAGAUGGUUAUGGGUUUGGACAUGACAAUGGUAAUGGAGAUGGGUAUAGUUCUACCAACAAUCAUUACCAGGGACAGCAUAGCUUAAAGCCAAAACCAAAACCUUCUCCAGGAUAUGGAGAUGGUUAUGGGUUUGGACAUGAAGAUGGUCAUGGAGAUGUGUAUGGUUCUACCAACAAUCAUUACCAGGAGCAGCCAAAACAGGAACUCUCUAAUAGUUACCGCCCAGGUUACAAUUCUCAAGGCUUAAAGCCAAAACCCCAAUCAUCUAAUGGAUAUGGAGAUGGAUAUAAUUUUCCAACCAAUUUAUACCAAGCCCAGCACAGCUUGAAGCAAACACAUCAACCCUCUUAUGGAAAUGAAGGUGGUUAUGGUCCUCCUCAAAACUUCUACCAGGAACAUGACACUCAAAAGCAACAUGAAUACGGAGGUUCGGAGAACAAAAAAGGAUGCCUUCAUUGUCCAUAUCUUUCAACAGAUGGCUACAGCAAAGAAGUAGUCUAUGCUAAGGAUGUGAAAGCAGUUAAUAUCGAUUUUGUUGCUGGUAUCGGAGGCACAUUAAUGGCUGCUACAGCAAUAACUGCGGACAUUAAUACAUGUGAAUACUCGUUUACUCUUGGUGGUUAUCAAAGUUGUCUUGAACGUCUGACAGUAGCUUCCCUAUUGGAAACUGUUAAUCACCACCUGCGGGGAAUUGCUUACAAUAGACUUAACAAAGGAUAUUUGUAUGCUAUUGGACAGUACGGACUAUCAGAGGGCCUAGAAGCGCAGGCUGAAGUGCUUGUUAAAGAUUUGAAAGAGGACAGCCAGGCUAAGCAAGAUCAGUGGAAGUUAAUAUUUCUGAUGCCACUUGAGUUCUACAUUUGUGGAGCUUGUCCAAUGGCUGGAUAUGAUGGGCAUGGAGUAAAUUUAGAUCAAUUAGAUGCAUUUAAAAGUGAUCUUAAAAAAGCAUUUAAUCAUCUUCUCUCUCUCCGAAAUGUUAUCAUCUAUACCAUUCCCUUUCCAGAUAUUGGAGAUAUUCUUGACCUUGACUUGUCUUCCUGUUCUGGUGAUGGUCUCAAAUAUGCUUGUCCAUGUAUUCAUGAUCUGACAUUUUAUACUGGAACAGAUAAAGAAACGCUCAUUGAAACAUUCCUAGAAAAUAUAGCAGUUUAUCAAGAAGCGUUCACUGAGAUUGUAACCAGUUUCAAGACAAGUAUCAAGGAUUGGGAGGAUGCAGGAAUCAUAGUUGGGAACCCGUGGAAGCAUACAAAAACUAUGUUUCCAAGCUUAGAUUCUCUUGCGAAUAACUGUUUUAAUUGGGGAGUGGACCUUAACGCUGCAGCUGCUGCUCUUGUGUGGAAUGAUAUGUGGAGUACCAGCAAUGGAUAUUCUACAGAAAUUGAUGUUGAAUUCCUGGACACUGAGAAUAUAAUCAGCGGAUGGAAUUCCCAGAGGUUUCGUCUAUUAUGUCCUUACUCUACGCUCAUCAAGGAUCAUCAGAGCCCUCCAAGAUAUCAUCUGUAUUGAUCAUACCCUCCGAGAUAUCAACUGUAUUGAUAAUACCCUUACAGAUAUCUACUUUAUUGAUCUUGCUCUUACAGAUAUCUACUGUAUUGAUCAUACUCUUACAGAUAUCUACUGUAUUGAUCAUACUCUUACAGAUAGCUACAGUAUUGAUCAUACUCUUACAGAUAGCUACUGUAUUGAUCAUACUCUUACAGAUACCUACUGUAUUGAUCAUACUCUUACAGAUAUCUACUGUAUUGAUCAUACUCUUACAGAUAUCUACUGUAUUGAUCAUACCCUCACAGAUACCUACUGUAUUGAUCAUACUCUUACAGAUAUCUACUGUAUUGAUCAUACCCUCACAGAUACCUACUGUAUUGAUCUUACCCUUACAGAUACCCAAGUAUUAAUCAACAUUUUAAUGUUCCCCCUUUUUAUUUAUAAGUUUUGUAUUGUAAAGUUUAUGUAUUUACUAUGUAAAUAAAUUCUUAAUUAUUCU